AUGUCGGAAUCGCGGCCUUGGCUUCACGAUCUCGUCGAUAUACGACAGACAGAGCUUGCGAACGACUUACCGCAUGAGAUUGAGACCCUCUCCCGCAACGUCCACUCGGCCCUCAACUCCGGCCACUUCGACCACAACAUCUUCACCCGCGUGGCGGACCACUUCGAGCACGUAACCCCUGACUUCUCCGGCUUUACAGAUGUCGGUCGCGGCGUCAUGCUCCUCCAGGACAUCAUCAACGCCCGCAAGAAGAUGACAGAAGCGAAUCCAGGGUAUCGCUCUGUUGUCACUGAUUCCCACACGUAUGUCGAUAAGAACUUGCAACUGGCGGAUGUGAUGCUGGUUAUUCGCCAUGUUGGACUUCCCGGUGGGAGGGAGGAGGAUGGAGUGCAGAUUUUGAGGUGGAGGAAGGGGAAGGGCGGGUGGAUGUGUACGAGGAGUACGACGAUGAGGUGUGCGCCGGGGUUGACGGAUGAGGUUACGGGCUACGAGGAGAGCUCGUCGUCGGGUGACUUUGUGAAAGGUUGA